CAUCAAUUGUAGCAUAGCAGAGGCACGCUGUCCUCUAACCUACAGAGUCACAUUAGUUGUUGGCAUGGGCCUCAUGAUGGCAAACACGCUCAGGUUAUUGUUCAAGCAACUGGUUUGGUUUUUACUUGUGGAAAACUUCUUACUCUCUCCUGCUUUGUCAUAUACUUAUAGCACUGGCACAUGGCAACAACUUCCAAGGCGAACACCGCAAUUUGACAAUCGUCCACGCUUUAAACAGCCUCCACUCCAACAAACAGUUUCAAGGCCAGUUCGAGUAGAAACUGUCGCUGUGACGUGCCAUUCAGACUACAUGGAGAUAGUCGUGAAGGCUGAUCUGUUUAAACUCGGUAAUCUAAUUGACGUGGAUGACCUGCGACUUGGAGUUGAACAGUACCAAGACCAAGAGCCGUGUAGGGCUACAGCUUCAGCAGCCGGAGAUGAGUACAGAAUAUUUGCAGCACUUUCGGACUGUGGAACCAAGCACAUGCUGAACGAAGACUCAUUGAUCUACGCAAACCUCCUCAGAUAUACACCCAGAACCACACCAGAUGACGUUAUUCGAAUGGCUGGUGCUGUAAUCCCAAUUGAGUGUCAUUAUGAAAGGAAGUACAGUUUGGACAGCUCUUCUCUCCAGCCGACCUGGAUCCCUUUCACCGCCACAGUGUCUGCUGAAGACACCCUGCAGUUCUCAUUGAAGCUUAUGACAAGUGACUGGCUCUAUGAGCGGGGUUCUGGAGUCUACUUCCUGGGUGAUCCCAUCAACAUUGAGGCGUCUGUCAGGGUUGCUCACCACACCAGGUUCAGGGUCUUUGUUAGCAGCUGCGUGGCCACACUAGACCCUGAUAGCAACUCUGUUCCCAGAUAUGUCUUCAUUGAGAGUGAUGGGUGCUUGUUGGAUUCCCAGCUGCCUGGUUCCCGCUCUGGUUUCAUGCGUAGAACCCAGGACAACAAGCUCGGGUUCCACAUUGAUGCCUUUAGGUUCUACCAGGAGGACAGGGCAGAGCUGUACAUCACCUGCCAUCUUAUGGCAGUCCCUGUCAUGGACCAUGCAGAGCCUAGCAACAAGGCAUGCUCCUUCAUUGAUGGCAGAUGGAGGUCUGCUGAUGAGAAUGAUUUGCUAUGUGGUCAUUGUUCAAGCCUGAGUAGACAGAAGGGGGUUGAUCAAGCUCCAGUACAACGUCCCCUCAGUCCAAGACUAGGUGGUAGCCAACUUGAACCUCGUGUCUACCGCAACAAACCCCCAGCCUCUGGUGACAAUUGGAGUAUUGGGACGAAGGCCAAGAAAGUAUGGGACCAGGAUACUACUUUGGGCCCCAUGAUGGUCCUCCCAAGUAAACAGAAGAGUACACCUCUAUCUCCACGGACGAGUGGCGGUAUCGAUAUACCUGGCUUCCCUGCCUCAACAGGGGACAGGAAGCCCGUAUCACCUGGCAGUCGUUGGCGUGGCAUGGACUUCAAGAGAGGACCUUAUUUCGCCCAAUCCCAAAAUGAGGUUAGUCCCUUGGGCCCAAGGGUUGGACCCAAGAACAAGCACGGUCUCGUUAGCUCUGAAACAUAUGAUGGCUUCAUCAGGCAGAAAGAACUAAUCGCCCAACAAGAGCUGGAGGCCACUCCAGACCCUGAGUUGAUUCCUACACCUGAGCCCAUUGGAGACCUUGAGGUUACCACAGAGAAAGAGGGUCUGGAUGAAGAGGAGGCUCAGUAUGAGAUUGGAACCUAUUGAAAGGGGAUAUGUUCCCAGUCCACUAUCAAAUUUCUAGAAUUGGAAGGCGCUGUUGUCAUGGUGGCCCAUAAUAGACUUGCUCCAAGCAGCAGCACACUCCAACUCACUGAGGUUGGUGCCGGUCCUGAUGUUCCAGCACACAAGGAGGAUGACCCUACAACAAAGUGACAUAAGCACCACAUCUGCUCCUGGCGACGUCAACCAGUGAAGGGACUACCACAACACUGAGACGAUAUCUCAAGAGAUGCCUGUUAAUCUCUUUGAAAAAUAAAUGAUUUAAUGCUA